GCAUCCCAACCCAACAAAAAAAAAACAAGUUUUCUUCUUUUUGUUUGUUUUUUAACACUCAAGAAUAUAAUUUUCCUCCUCACAGAUCUUUCCUCAGGAAGAAAUAAGACAGCUUAAAUCUUUCUCUUCCACCACAUCUUCUUCCUUUUAUCUUCUGAGCUUAUUCAUUCAACUAAGGAAGAAUAUAAAUAUAAUAAAGUGGCAAAACCCAAAGUGAGUGAACCAACUUAAUAGGUAUGGGUUUGAAACCUAAUGCCAUGAAGAAUGUGGCUAUGGCGGCAGUUUCUGCUCUGUUUCUUCUAGGGUUUCUUGUUUGUUCUGUUUCUGGCUCUGUUUCCUAUGAUAGCAGAGCCAUUACCAUCAAUGGCAAAAGAAGAAUCCUUAUCUCUGGAUCUAUUCAUUACCCAAGAAGUACUCCUGAGAUGUGGCCAGAUCUAAUUCGGAAAGCAAAGGAAGGAGGCUUAGAUGUGAUUCAGACUUAUGUCUUUUGGAAUGGGCAUGAGCCAUCUCCCGGAAAAUAUUAUUUCGAAGGCAACUAUGAUUUGGUUAAGUUUGUCAAAUUGGUCAAACAAUCUGGUCUCUAUCUUCAUCUAAGGAUUGGUCCUUAUGUCUGCGCAGAAUGGAACUUCGGUGGAUUCCCUGUUUGGCUUAAGUACAUUCCAGGGAUUAGCUUCAGAACAGAUAACGGUCCUUUCAAGGCUCAAAUGCAAAGAUUCACUACAAAGAUUGUUAACAUGAUGAAAGCUGAGAGGCUUUUUGAAUCUCAAGGCGGUCCUAUAAUCCUCUCUCAGAUUGAAAAUGAAUAUGGACCAAUGGAGUAUGAGCUUGGUGCACCGGGACGCUCUUACACCAACUGGGCAGCUAAGAUGGCGGUGGGGCUUGGCACUGGUGUCCCUUGGGUCAUGUGCAAACAAGACGAUGCUCCUGACCCCAUUAUCAACGCUUGCAAUGGCUUUUACUGCGAUUACUUCUCCCCAAACAAGGCUUACAAGCCCAAAAUGUGGACCGAAGCCUGGACUGGAUGGUUUACAAAGUUUGGAGGCCCAGUUCCUUACCGUCCAGCUGAAGAUAUGGCCUUUUCCGUUGCAAGGUUUAUCCAAAAGGGUGGAUCUUUCAUCAACUACUAUAUGUAUCAUGGUGGAACAAAUUUUGGUCGUACUGCUGGUGGUCCGUUUAUUGCAACCAGCUAUGAUUAUGAUGCUCCUCUCGACGAAUAUGGACUUGAAAGGCAGCCUAAGUGGGGGCACUUGAAAGAUUUGCAUAGAGCAAUAAAGCUUUGUGAGCCAGCAUUAGUAUCAGGAGAGCCCACAAGAAUGCCCCUCGGAAACUAUCAAGAGGCUCAUGUGUACAAAGCGAAAUCUGGAGCUUGUUCUGCGUUCUUAGCAAACUAUAAUCCAAAAGCUUACGCUAAAGUUUCUUUCGGGAGCAAUCACUACAAUCUACCUCCGUGGUCUAUUAGUAUUCUCCCAGACUGCAAAAACACAGUUUACAACACAGCCAGGGUUGGUGCUCAAACUUCUAGGAUGAAAAUGGUUCGGGUUCCUGUUCAUGGUGGUUUAUCUUGGCAAGCAUACAACGAAGACCCAUCAACUUACAUUGAUGAGUCUUUCACAAUGGUCGGAUUAGUGGAGCAGAUCAACACUACACGUGACACUUCGGAUUACCUGUGGUACAUGACUGAUGUUAAAAUUGAUAACAAUGAAGGAUUUCUGAGGAAUGGAGAUUUGCCUACUCUUACUGUUCUAUCAGCUGGCCAUGCUAUGCAUGUGUUCAUCAAUGGCCAGUUAUCUGGAUCUGCGUAUGGUAGUUUAGACUCUCCUAAGCUAACUUUUCGAAGAGGUGUGAAUCUAAGAGCUGGUUUCAACAAAAUUGCGAUACUAAGUAUCGCUGUUGGUCUUCCGAAUGUGGGUCCACAUUUUGAGACAUGGAAUGCUGGAGUUUUGGGUCCAGUUUCACUGAACGGUCUCAAUGGCGGACGGAGAGAUCUAUCAUGGCAGAAAUGGACUUAUAAGGUUGGUCUUAAAGGAGAGAGUUUGAGUCUUCAUUCACUUAGUGGGAGCUCAUCGGUUGAGUGGGCAGAAGGUGCAUUCGUUGCACAGAAGCAACCACUAACUUGGUACAAGACAACUUUCUCUGCUCCAGCUGGAGAUUCGCCGUUAGCUGUAGACAUGGGAAGCAUGGGAAAAGGUCAAAUAUGGAUAAAUGGGCAGAGCUUGGGACGUCACUGGCCUGCAUAUAAAGCAGUUGGUUCUUGCAGCGAGUGUUCUUAUGCUGGAACAUUCAAUGAAGACAAGUGCUUAAGAAACUGUGGAGAGGCUUCUCAAAGAUGGUACCAUGUCCCACGGUCGUGGCUGAAACCAAGUGGCAAUCUAUUGGUUGUCUUUGAAGAAUGGGGAGGAGACCCAAAUGGUAUCUCGUUGGUCAGAAGGGAAGUGGACACUGUUUGUGCAGAUAUCUAUGAAUGGCAAUCAACCCUUGUGAAUUACCAACUGCAUGCUUCUGGCAAAGUUAAUAAACCAUUGCAUCCCAAAGUACAUUUACAAUGUGGGGCUGGACAAAAGAUUACCACCGUGAAGUUUGCUAGCUUUGGGACACCUGAAGGGACUUGUGGUAGUUACCGUCAAGGAGGCUGUCACGCCCACCACUCCUAUGAUGCUUUCAACAGACUUUGUGUUGGGCAGAACUGGUGUUCUGUAACAGUAGCACCGGCAAUGUUUGGUGGAGAUCCUUGUCCAAACGUAAUGAAGAAGCUCGCGGUGGAAGCCGUUUGUGCUUAAGUGGAAAGCAGACGCAGCAGCAAUCAAAAAGACUGUAAAGUAAAAGCUUUGGCAUGUCUUACAGGUUUCUGAUUUUAUUAGUAUGUUCUCUAUGAAGACGGCAACAAAACAAGUUGGUAAAUUUUUAUUUAAUCGCGGUGGAAGUUGUACAAAGGGACGCAACACGCCGUUCAGCAAUUUGCAGAGAUGUGAUUUAUAUGUAAAUAAGGCUUGGGAAGGGGUUUGGUAAUUGUAACCCAAGAAAGAAGAAGAAGAACAAGAAGAAGCACACUGUGACUGGAGAAUCUGAUGAGUCCAUGUGUAGAUUCUUUUAAUAGGAGCAAAAUCUAGGAGUAGUUUAUUCUCCAAGUUUUGCUUUGAACGUGUUUGUUGUUGUUGUUGUUGUAGUCUAUCAUCGAUACUCAUUAGAUGAGACAUUAUCUGCAAUUAUCUCAUUGCCUUAAUCUAUGAAAUGUUUUGCUUAAUAUGCAA